AUUAGGGUUUCUGCUUGCCCGUCGCGGUCGCCACUGGGUCGCUCGCCACCGGCUGCCGUCAGCCCAACCAAUGCCCGCAAAUCUCGCAUGGCAGCAACUUCCUUGGCUCCCGCCCUUCGCAUCCAUUGAUCGCUUACGCUUCCGACACCGAUGGGCAGAGAAACCACAAGAAUCCCCUUCCAAACCCCCAUUCUGAAAAGAAGGAAUGCUCGAAUCAAGAUAAAAGCCUGUGAAAAUGUCUCCUUCGAGGCACCAACCGCCGCAGUCGAGACGGAUUCGUGCCUGCUGCACCCAUUCGAUACCGGCGCGGCCUCGCCGUCCGACGCCAUCCCCACGACCCCGUUGCUGACCGAUCUGCUUCGCCUGGGUGCCGUCGUGCUGCCCAGGAUCACCUUCCGUGGCUGGACUCCCCCCGGUCUCGGAUGGGAGGCCUGGGUGAGGGACAUGGCCUCCGACGAGAAGAUUGUGGCCGCAUGGCGGAAGGCUGGAAUCGAAGACGCCGUCAUGGGCUCGGUCGCCAACAUUAUGCCCGACCGGCCUUUGAUGGAAGCAUUGUUUGGGUUCUGGUGUAGUGUGACCCGCACGUUUAUGUUUCCAUGGGGCGAGGCUGCGUUCACGCUCGAGGAUGCUCAUGUCAUUGGCAGGCUUCCUAUUUCCGGUUCUAGGUUGGAUAGAGUAUUGACCGAUGAAGAGGAGGAUCUUAGUCUCAGGCUCUUCGUGGAGAAGGAGAAGAUACGGGAGCUUCAUCCCAAGGCAAAGGCUACUCGUAAGGUCACUCUUGAUAUCUGGCUGCAGUGGUUCCUAGAAUUGCAAGGCGAGGAGGAGCUUAAACACCUCGGGUUCUUGGCAUAUUGGCUGGCCAAGAAUGUGGUGCCCUCCUACCCUGCUGGUGAGGUUCCAAAGGUGGUGUUUGGACUUGCUGCUAGGCUUAGCUGUGGAGAUCAAAUUGCUUUGGCACCACUUGUCACUGCUAACAUGUAUCACGAUCUGUCAAAGAUCUCUACUUCUGUCCUCAGAAAGCUUGAGAAGAGGAGAGGUGGUAGUAAGAUUGAAACUUGGGCGCAAUUUGGCCUUCUUCAAGCUUGGGUCUGGGAGCGAUUUGAGAGAUUGCGCCUGUCGCCACAAGGUGCAGGUCCUUCAGUGUCAGAAUCUCAUAUCAGUCGCUGGGGCAGCAGAAGAAGUGCUACUAGAUACAAUGAAGCCAUUCAUCUUUUUCAGGAUGAGAAGUCUUAUACAUGGAGACCAUAUUCUAGAAGUUUCAGUAGUUGGAAAGAGCCUCCUUGGAAUGAUCAAGAGACACAAAUAGUUCAUGUAGAAGAAGGCAUGCCUGAUUGGAUGCAUGAUUAUAUGGCAAUCAUAUCACCAUCUAUAUUGCAGGGCUUCUAUGGUGAUGGUUUGAUUUCUUCCGAAAGGUAUCAGCCACACCGGGUAGCAAGGCAGUUUGGUUAUGACCAAGCAAUCCCAGUUUCAAAUGUCUCUUUUGCUAUUUCAAUCUCAAAUAAUGUCUGCCAAAUAGGGCAAUGUGUCAGCAUACCAAAGAUAACAAGAUGUGGUAAUCCAAGGAGAGAUUACCGGGCAUGGUGGAAAAAGCACAAAGUAGGAUAUCAAAAAGCUUUGAAUGAAUAUGCGAAGCCAGCGCUAGAUUUAGUAAAGAAUCGUAAAACAAAGAGUACCGCAAAAGACAAAGAUCUUGCAAAUGGUGUUGCUGUGAGCAGAACAAGUUCUGAAGUGUCUUAUGAGAGAAGACACUAUGAAGGGCAGGAAAACAAAGAUGACAACGAUUUGAUGGUGGAACCUCGAGCAGAUAAGACAAAACAUUUCAUUGAGGAAAAUAAACAAUUAUUCAGUUUGACUGUCAGCCAGGGGGGAAAAUCAGGUGUUAAGGUCAAGGGAAUUGAUACUACCCGGUCAAAGUCAUUAUCUGAUGAGAUGCACCAGAGUGUAGAGAGGAAGAGAAAGUCAGAAGUAUAUGACACAAGCAGAAAUGGAGAAACUUUAUCUGUCUCUUCUGAAGAGGUUGUUGUAAUUGAUGAUGAUAGUGAUGAAGAUGUUGAUUUUGAUAAGCAGGAUAGGAGACUAGUUGAUGAGCUGGAAGAGUUCCAACGCUGUGGGCUUUUGAAUGAAUGGGAGCCAAGUUCUCCUGAACCUGAAAAUGAAGAGAAUAUCGGAAAAUACAAUGGUAAUGAUGUCAGAGAAAAUGAAGACCCUUACGGACAUGAGGCGAUUAGGAUGUAUCCUCAGUUCUUUGUGAUGAUUCCCCAAAAACCACACUAUCGAGGCCUACUAGACGAUAGGGUCAGCGAAGAAGUUAGGAAGGAUGUCUAUCUAGCAAAGUGGUACAGACUUGUAGACUUGAUGCGGAAAACAUUGCAAACAACAUGUCAGACAGAACCCUUGGAGAUUGAAAACUUGAUGAUGGAAGCUCAUAAAUUUGAGGGAUUUGGGUUCAAUGUCAAACAUAUAAUUGCACGUCUGAAGGAACCGCAGGCGCGACUAAGGAGACUAAAAGAAGCUAAACUUAAGCUUGAAGAAGCUAAGAGUAGAGAACAGCAAGCAAUUGAGAUGGAGAAUCUUAAGAAACAUAUCACUAAUUUAGGUAGUAAGUUGAGAGUAAUUGAGAAAAGAUUAGAGGAAACACAGGAAGCUAUUGGUAUGACACAACUGAUGAAUUUACGCAAGGAAGUGGAAAAUGCUGAAACCAACCUACGGGUAAUGGAACAUGAUGUUGAGGCCAUCAAUGACGUAACAUAAAAAUCUGGCUACAAAAUUCAUGCAUUUUUUAGGUCGAUUUGGUACUCUUUAAUUCUGACCUAUAUGAUUACUAAUAUGGCUUGUCUUCUUGUGAAAGUCAUGUAAAUGCUUAUUUCUGUAACUUUUUUUAUGCCGAGGCUUCUAUAAAAAGGUCAUGCUCUCUGAACAUUUUGAGCACAAUAUCAAUUUGGUCA